CUCUUAUAAAUGUGAAUCUAAACACAAACCCCUAAAUUAUAAAAAAAAUAAUAAUAAUAUAAAUCACAAGUAAAGUAUAUCCCGCCCGUAGGGCGGGCCGACCCUAGUAGCAUAUAUUAAAAUAAAAAUUUGAUAAAAUAAGAAUCUAGUUAGUUGUUAAAUUUAGAUGGUAGUGUCUCGUAAAAUCGUAGUAAAAACUUGUCGUUGUCCCUGCCACGUACUCACUGUCUCCAUCUCUGUUCUCAGAAACACAUCACAUGAUGACUUCAGCCAAUCUCUGUCUUCACUCAACACUCCACCACCAACUCUGUUCAAGUCUUUCUUCAAGACCCGACCACUCAUUUUAGGAUCCGACCCGGUUUUCACCUGUUGUUUUUCCUCUCCCUCUCUCUCUGACCAUAUGAAGCGGGGAAAGAAGAACUCGGAUGCGGGUGAACCAGUGAUCAACUCGGACACUCGAACCGGGUCUAGCCAAGUGGAUGCAAUGAAACCAAGUUUGAGCUCGAUGAAAUCGAUGGGUCUACUUCUUGCGGUUCUUAUGGUUGCUUCCGUUAUGUUUUCUCUGUCGGUUGUACUCAGAGACCCACCUUCUGAUGAUGUUGUGGACACUGAUGUAGCUUCUAGGGUUCUUCAGCUCAGAUUCCACCAAGGCAAUGUUUCAGCCAAUGAUACAAACAGUGGGUUAAGUGAGAAGAAGGAUCAUCUUGUCCAUGGUUUCGAUAAAGAAUCAUGCUUGAGCAGGUAUGAGGCGAGUUUAUAUAGAAAGGAAUCGCCUUUUAAGCAGUCUUCUUACCUGGAUUCUAGAUUCAAAAGAUACCAAGAUCUUCAUAGAAAGUGUGGACCAUUUACUAGUUCCUAUAACUCAACUCUAGACAAACUCAAGUUGAAAGAUCAGUCUGAUGGUGGAGUCUCUGGUUGUAGUUAUGUGAUAUGGUUGAACUCUGGUGGUGAGCUUGGAAGUAGGAUGCUCAGUCUAGCUUCUGCUUUUCUAUAUGCUCUUUUAACGAACCGAGUCUUACUUGUGGAGCCAGGAGCUGAGAUGGCUGAUCUUUUCUGCGAGCCGUUUCCAAACACUUCUUGGUUUUUACCUUCAGAAAUUCCACUCAAAACCCAGCUCAAUGAACAGUCUCUUCUUCGCCAUUUUGUUCUAGAUUCCAGUGACCAGCAAAGGCUUUUCUUUCGUGAGGAAACUCAAGCUUUGUUGAAUGAAACACCUUGGUUGAUCAUGAAAGCAGAUAGUUAUUUUGUCCCAUCACUCUUCUCCUUCUCUUCAUUUGAGCAGGAACUUGAGAAGCUCUUCCCGGUUAAAGAAACGGUUUUUUACUUCUUGGGUAAUCAUCUCUUUCACCCAACUAAUGUUGUCUGGGGACUCAUCACUCGAUACUAUGGCGCUUAUCUUGCUGGAGCUGAUCAAAGAAUAGGAAUCCGUAUUGAGGUCUCUGAUACUAGCAAUGAUCAGUUUCAGCAUUUGGUAGAACAGAUUCUAGCUUGUGGAGUUAGACAUGAGCUGCUUCCUGAAGUAGACAAAAAGAGACACCUCCCUUCAAGCCAAGUUGUAAAAAGAAAGUCAAAGGCAGUGUUCGUCUCAUCUUCUUCUCCAGGGAUCUUUGAGAGUAUCAGAGACGUUUAUUGGGAAAAUCCCACAGUGACGGGAGAGAUAGUCAGUGUACACAGGCCUAGCCACAAGGAAUACCAAAACACCCAGAGGAACAUGGAGAGCAGGAGAGCUUGGACUGAGAUUUACCUUCUAAGUUGUUCUGAUGUGCUGAUGGUCACAAGCCCCUGGUCUUCACUCGUGGACGUGGCUCAUGGCCUUGGAGGGUUGAAGCCAUGGGUAUUGAACGAGACUGAUCAUGACUCUUUCUGUACGAGAGCAAGGUCAAUGGAGCCCUGUUCCCAAACGCCACGGUCCCAUGGCUGUAAGUCUGUAACGAUUAAGAGAUGAGUAAUCUUUUUUAACUGAGCUAGGUGUUGUGAGGUCAAGAGUCUUUGAGUUUCCCAAUAGACACGUACGGAAUGUUAAGAACUAACUAAAUGUAUGAAUGCAUAACUUGAUCAAGUUCUAUAUUUUUCCAACAUAUCUGUAGGUGUGUGUUAUUAUUCAUGUCUACAAUAAUAUACUGUAUACAUUCG